AACGCCGCAUUUGUACUGUCAAGUUGAAAUUUGAAUGGUAGUCUAGUAACGGAUGGUUAAUUUUCAUGUCGUUCCACUAAAUGUAAGUUUUUAAAAUAAACUUCUGUAUUUCAAUCAACAGUAGUAUUAAUUCAGGUAAAACUUUGUUUUCUUUGCAAAAGGAUGGCUGACAAAAUCCAAGUGGCCGUAAGGGUACGGCCAGUAUUGUUUCAAAAGAAAGAUGUUGAAGUUCAUUGGGCUUGUGAACAAGGUAUGGUCUUUCAAAUUGAACCUGGCACCAAAAAAAGGAUUGGAAAUCCUUAUUUGUUUGAUCAAGUCUUUGGUACGGAAACCCAAAACUAUAAAAUUUUUACUGCAUUGGUUCAACCCCUGAUUGAUUCUGCCAUGAAUGGUUUUAAUGUAACUGUCUUGGCAUAUGGCCAAACUGCAUCUGGGAAAACAUACACCAUGAUGGGAAGUCAGAAAGAGCUUGGGAUUGUUCAAUUGGCAGUUAACAGAAUUUUCACACUUAUUGAACAAAACCCUGAGCGUGCCUUCUUAUUACGAUGCUCAUAUAUUGAAAUUUAUAAUGAAUCAAUUUCUGACCUCCUUUCGUCAAGCCAUCAAAAACUGAAAGUGCAAGAAUUGGCAGAAGGUCAUGUCGUUGUACACAAUUUGAUUGAGACUAAUGUGAAUACCCCUGAUGCUGUAUUAAAGUUAAUGCAACAAGGUAACAAGCAGCGAAAAGUUGGGGGCACCAGCAUGAAUGAAAGAAGUUCUCGGUCUCAUACCAUCUUCAGGAUAAUUGUGGAAAGUUUGCCUCGUGAUGAAGCUGAUCGGUCUGAUGCUGCUGUUAUAGUGUCUCAUAUCAAUUUGGUUGAUCUUGCUGGAUCGGAAAAAGCUUCCCAGACGAAUGCAACUGGCGAUCGUUUCCGCGAAGGAUGUGCAAUCAACACCAGUUUGUCUGCUUUAAGUCUGGUCAUCAAGCAGCUGAGUGAAGGCGAAGGUUUUGUUAAUUUUCGUGACAGCAAGCUCACUCACAUUUUGCGAGCUUCGCUAGGUGGAAAUGCACGCACUGCUAUCAUCUGCAACGUUACUCCAACCGUUUUGGACGAGACUUCUUCAACCCUCAAGUUUGCCUGUAGCGCCAAAGCUGUACAGAAUCAACCACACGUCAACGAAGUUCUUUCAGAUCAGGCUCUGCUGCGCAAAUACAAUAAUUACAUCAAAGACUUGGAGAAGAAAUUAAAAGAAAAAGAACUAGAAAAGAAGCCUGAAGCUAUUGAAGAAAUGCAACGACUUCUACAAGAAAAAGACAUGAAAAUCAAUGAGUUGAAGGAGCAGCUAGUGGUAUCAAGUUGUGGUGAUGUAGCAUCUGGAAGACCAGAUAAUAGUCUUAGUUGUGCCCAACGAAACUUGCGUCGAAUGACAUGGGGUGGUAACCGCUUGAGACAAGAAUUAAACCUUCUAGGUCCGGCCGUUCUGGAAGUGAAUACACCCCCAGUUCCAUCUUCGGAGAGAGUUCCACGCACAGUGGCACAGGUAUUUGCUAGUCGCCAGCGAUCAAGUAAUCUUACCGGUUCUGAUAUGGCUAUUGACGAGGCAUCAGGAGAUGCAGAAAGCUUCGAAUCAGAAACGUUUUUGCCAGCGGAAAUGGUUUUUAGUUCAGUUUCUGAUCCAGUAGCUAAAGUGAGCGUGGGAACGAUGACUGAUGCAGGAGAAUCUCCUUUCAAGUUACCUAGCGUGCCUUCUACGCCCGUUCCAGUAUUGCGUGAACGAGUGCAGCGUUUGCGCAUGACAUUAUUGAAUAAAGAAAAAGAAAAUGAAGAUCUAAGGGAAGAAUUAGAAGAUCUUACAAACUUUACCCGCUUAGAGCAGGAAAUCGGAGUUCAUCCACAAGUUACGGCAAAAAACGUUGCGACUCCGGAAUCCGCCGAUCAGCUACAUCGAGCAUUACAGACGGCCAACGAUAUGGAAGUCUUAUACUUGGAUACACAUCGAAAACUCAGCGAGCUUCAAACAGAAUUUAGAACUAAAGAAGCGGAACAUGAAGCACAAAUUCGUUCGCAGCAAGCUGACUUCCAAGAGCGAUUAGAAUCAGAAACGAACGAAAGGAAACGCGUCUCCAAAGAAUUGAGCGAUCUUAAGGAUAAAUUCUAUCGAUUGGAAAGAGAUCACUCAGAAUCAGACACUCACUUGCAAGUUAUUAGUGAGAGAUAUGCUAAGCGAGAAGUUGAUCUUCGAAAUACACUUCAGGAAGCUUGGAACCAACUGGAGCAGCUUGGCCAAAAUCCCACAGCGAUACAACAGAAUUUUGACGCUAAGCAGAGACUCGUUGUUGUGGAACAAGAACUUCUCGAAAUGCACAAGCGUAACGAUGAAGCACAAUCUCAAAUUCGCUCACUUACAGAUGAGCUACGUCAUCUCAAGGACUCUGCUCUUCAAAUGCCUAACGAUGUUGCCAAAAAUGAUGAUGAAAUGCAUGAUAGUUCUCUUAGCGGAAUGUGCCUGGCAGAUGAAUUACGUGACGUUUUUGCUAAUGAUGAUUGCUCUUUCGUUUCGCGUGCACGUCAAACCCGCAAACGGCCGAGUUCAAUUUUAUCUGUUGCAUUGGAAAAGAUGGAUCAAUCAACGUGUAUUUUGGAAUCGUCCCAAUUGGAAAUUGAGCCAAGCAAAAAAACUCGGUUAGCGGUUACAUCUGAUCAGUCUGACGAAUUAGAUGUGUUAGAAAUCAAAGAGAUACGUGAAUACCUUAUCGAAUUGCAGAGCGUUUUAUUACGUUACGAAACUGAUUAUGAUGCUCAAAGUCAAGAAAAAGAAGCUCUACGUAACCAACUACAAAGCGCACAAAACGAACUUGCAGCUCUUCGUCAAGAGCAAAACAAAAUGGAGUUCUCCGCUCGACAAGAAGAAAGUUCUACAAACAAAUUCAAUAAUUCAAGAGAAGGAUUUGAUUCAAGUUGCUUCAUGGGUGACCCGUCGAUUUCCAUUUCAGUCGUGAAUAUGGAACAAUCUUGUGGGUCGGAUGAAGAAUUCGUUAGUUUAAGAGAACAGCUUGGAGAAACGUGUGGAUCUUUGACGGCUCAUGAAGUGUCGGAAUCGGCUGCGCAAGUCAUACAAAAAGUGGAUGAUAGUAAUAAACGCCAACAAGAACUUGAAGAAGAAGUAUCCCAAAUGGCUGCCAAAAUCCACGAACUUAAGGAGGAACUCGCUUCAAAAACCAUAGCGGUGGAACAAUCGCUUCGAUCUCUCGAAACCGCACAGUCUACCAUCCAAGUCCUUGAACAGCGAAGCAUAGGACGACAACAGUUGAUAUCAAGUCUAGAUGAAUUUGAUGGAAAAAUUCUCUUGCUACAUGAAGAGUCAACUGUCGUAUCAAACAACGUCGAUUCAGCACGUAAGAUUUUCACGAAUAUUCGAAAUGAAAUGAAUAAGCUAUCCGAGCAAAAAGAUGUUCUCGAGCUUCAGGUGAGAAAGGCAAAUGAAAAUCUCGAAGCCGCUCAUACUGAAUUGAGUGAAACGUUAGAACGCCUUGCCGCUUCAAGUGAGCUCGAACAGAAACCUAACAUUGAACAUGAAAAGACUUAUGAAGAACUGAGCCGUGCUCUGGAGCAAAUCGAAAAACUGAAACUAGAGUUCGACUUGAAGACGGCUGAGGUCCAUGCUGCUCAAAACGACCUCAAGCAAACACGUUCUAGAAUGGAGGAAGUAGAACAAAGCUCUUUUGAAAAAAUUCAGCUGGAAGAGCUUGUUGAAAAAUUAACGAGUCAACUGGAUAGCCUACAAGAUGCUUUAGAUUCCAAGACUCAAGAACUCGCAGAUGUUCAGGAAGCUGAAAAAGAGGCAUUGCUUCAAAAAGAAAACUUCAAAGCUGAAUUGGAAAAGAAGCUGCUUGAAAUCAGUCAAGCACAUGAUGAAAUAACUGCAGUUCACCUGGAGUUAGACUCCACCACAGCUGAUCUCAAAAGUGUGCGACAAGAACUGGAAGAAGUCCGUACAAACUCUCAAGAAUUUUUGCGUUUAAAGGAGCAGUUAGAAACAGAGAAAAAAGAGGUUCUUGUUAUGGUAGAAGAACUGAAAGAACAAAUUCGCAUUAAAUCUAUUGCGAUGGAGGAGGCUAAAAAACAAUUGGAAGAACUACAGGGCAAUGAUUCCGAAGUUGACUGCCUACGUAAUGCACUUGAAAAAAAUCGGGGUCAAGUAGAAGAGCUUCAAGUGACCAAUAAAGAACUCGUAGAUGAAAUAAGCGUGGCGAAGAUAAAAAUCGAAGAGCUUAGCGAUGAAUUGCAGUCAAAGAUUAACAUUCUUUCGGCAACUGACAAAGAAGCUUCGUCAAAACAACAAGAAUUAUCAGUUGAAUUGGACAUCAAGUUGCAAAUAAUCGAUGAACUUGAACUCAGUCUUAAGGAAGCACAUGCUCGUUUGAUUGAGGUCCAGUCCAUGAAGGAAAUCGUCCAAAAUGAUUUGGCUAAAGCGAAAAGACGAAUUGAAGAUCUCGAAGAAAACCUCGAGUCAGAAUGCGACGCUCAUUUAGCUUUGCAGCGAGUUGCAGAGCAGGCGGCUUCUAUUGCGGCUGCAGCAUCGAAAAAUAGUUUGGAGGAAAAGGAGAAAACAGAACACCAGCUUCUUGAGCUCCAUGGAAGAGUCAAUGAAUUAACGCGAACUCUUGAGGAAAAAACGACUGCCUUGGAAGCUGCGAAAGCUGAAGUUAUGAAGUUUGAACAUUCCAGUCGCGUAACGAUGGUGGCGCGCGAAGAUUUCGAUGCUUUGCAAUCGGAUUGGAAAGAGGCAAUUGAACAAGUGUCUCGGUUGGAAGCAUCAUUAGAAGAAAAAGUUUUACAAGUUGAAAAUUUGUCUAGAAAUAUGGAAUCAUUUCAAUCUCGGGCACUUGCUCUGCAACUUGAAAAACAAGGUCACUCUACGCAAGUAGCUUCCCUUGAACGCAAUAUAGAGGAUCUUGUAGCUCAAAAUGCAAAUCUCAGUAAAGAAAUUGAGCAAUACCAGUCGGAUAUACAGUCCAAAGAGGAAAAACUGGUUAGUCUUGGUCCUAUGACUGAAAAAAUCUUAAUGCUACAAGCUCGUCUUGAAGAGACCGCCAGCAAAUCAAGACAGAUGUCCUGUGCUUUAGAGAAGAAAGAAGAGGAAGUGCGUUGCUUACACGAGGAAUUAUCUCACGCCACAGAUAGUCAACUUAGAGGCAAAGAAGAUUUAAAACACACCGAGCAAAGAUUGCACGAAUCCCACAAAGAACUGGAAAGCAUUCGAUCCGCACUUGAAUCUAUGCAAAGUGCCAAUGAUGAUCUCCUGACGCAGCUCAGUUGUAAAGAGAACCUAAAUGAAAAUCUACGCAAAGACAUGGAAAACCUUACGCAAAGAUUCGAUAUGUUGCAUUCCAAACUGCAACAGGUUCAGUCUGAGAAGUCGAGUCUGUCAGACCGGAUUCAGUCGUUGGAAACGGAAUUAGAAUGCCGAGAUCAAGAAAUUGGAGACAUUCGAAGUGGUCUCGAUGACAUCCAAAAAGAACGUGAAAUAUCUUCGCAAUUAAAGCAACGCCUUAAUGCUUUGCAAGUGCAAUAUAACGAUGCUGUCAAUCAGUGUCAAAAAUUGGCAUCGGUGAGGGAUGAAAUUUUGGAACAUCAAGAGCGUUCACGAGGGGAUAUUUUACGCCUUAACUCAAAGUUACAGUUGAUUACUGAAGAGAAAGCGGCAUUAGAACAAAAUAAAUUGCUUUCCGAGUCACAGAAGAACGCCAUCCUUUGCGAUUAUGAAAAUUUGAAGACUACGCUAUGUGAAACGGAAAGCCAAUUACGUGUGGCCCAGGGUCAGCGUGAUGAUUUUAGUCAUCAAAUAAAAAUAUUGAACGAUCAAAUCGGUCAAGUACGAGCCAAACUUACUGCCUUCGAAUCGAACUCAAAUCAAGUAGCCCAAAGACAGAUGGAAGAAACGAUUGAUGGUCUUAAAAGAGAAAUCGCUGACACCAAAUCAAAAAGCGAAGUUCUACGAUUGAAUUUUGAGACAGAAGAGAAUGCUCGCAAGAAGAAAACUGAGAGGCUGGAAAAAGAACUUGAUUCUGUAAAGCAGCAGUACUUAAAAUGCAAAGAGCAGCUCCGCCUACUCCGUCAUGGGCCAAAUGAAGAGGCAACAGUUAGCUUACCCAAGCAUCGUGUUUCUAUCUCCGUUGAAUCCAUAUCUAUCCAAACUGAUCCGAUUGCUGAUAAAGGAUUUGGCUUCCGAUGGCAAAUGGAGCAAUACGUUUCAGACAACGAGCGGCUAAGGAAGAAAGUCUCUGAUCUUGGCGAAAGAAUGGAGUUUUACAAAGAAAAGCUAAUUAAAUAUCGAACAAUGUAUUUCCAAAUGACUGGCCAAGACCCACAGAGGCCACCAAGCAGUUCGUCGAACAACUCUUCACAGCCACUCGAACGUCAAUCGUCUAUUUCUGCUGGUUCGCGAGAAAAUACUGCAGAUCGCCCACUGGUGGAGGCCGAGCGAAAUCUUAGAACAAAAACUUCGGCUCCCAUUACAACAGGAAACCCACUACCCGCGUCAUUAGCUCUUCAAGAGCAACACCAAGAAGAAAUGAAAGCUCGAAUGCCGAAAGCUGUUGCAGUGGCCCCAACUUCGUCGACUCGAUGGGCUACCGGUGCAAAAAAGGAAUCUCUUACUAAAGAGGAGAUGGAAAAAAUCAACAAUUGCAAUCCUAGCUAAUAGAAAGUUUCUAUUGGUUUCUUCCAUGUAACGUACCCUAAAAUUUCGCUGCGUCGGUAAUGCUUUUGUAAUGUUAUUCGUUUUCCUUUUAUUCUCAAUAAAAAAAAAGAUAUAUUCUAUGCAAUA